AAAACCAGGCUCCGCCUCUCCAGCAAGCGCACCCACCUUGUCCGCUAGCAGCACGGUGCGCCAGGCAGCGAGAGCACAGGCGCGUGGCACACCGGGGGAGCGGGCACGUCGAACCAGGAGUGGCAUCCUCGGGACUUUUUCGGAGAAAAGACGGUCUUUGGUUUGGGGAAACCCCGCAUUAAGACCUCUUAGGACUGGGGGAGGUCUUGUUCACUCUGUCAGUCGUGGAAAGAGAACUCAUACCUUAACCGGUGGUGGGGGUAAAGAUGCAGUUCCAGUCCGACUCCGUGCGUCAGGCGGUCCGCCUCAGACUGUGGUGAUGCCCGCCGUGCGGGGAUCACCGCCCAGCAGCAGCAGCAGCAGGAGAAAGAGAAGGAGGAGGAGGAGGAGGAGGGGGGGGUCACGACAACAGUGCGUCGGGGGGCCGAGGAGGAUGAUAAUAAGGUCGGGAUCAUGGCUAACGGAACCGGUACCAUCAUGUUAAAAUGCGUCGUGGUCGGAGACGGUGCAGUGGGGAAAACGUGUCUCCUGAUGAGCUAUGCCAAUGACGCCUUUCCAGAGGAGUAUGUACCCACAGUCUUUGAUCAUUAUGCAGUGAGUGUCAACGUCGGUGGAAAGCAGUACUUGCUGGGACUGUAUGACACAGCUGGUCAGGAGGACUACGACCGCCUGAGGCCCCUGUCCUACCCGAUGACCGAUGUCUUCCUCAUCUGCUUCUCGGUGGUAAACCCAGCCAGUUUCCAGAAUGUGCGUGAGGAAUGGGUGCCCGAGUUGCAGGAGUAUGCACCCAGUGUUCCUUACCUGCUCAUUGGCACCCAAAUUGAUCUUCGUGAUGACCCUAAGACCAUUGCCAAACUGAAUGACAUGAAGGAGAAGCCCAUACCUACUGAGCAGGGACAAAAACUAGCUAAGGAGAUUGGUGCAUGUUGCUAUGUGGAAUGUUCAGCGUUGACCCAGAAGGGUCUGAAGACGGUGUUCGACGAGGCCAUCAUCGCAAUCCUGACCCCCAAGAAAAAGAAGGGAGCUCUGAAGAGAAGACUGGGACCCCGCUGCAUCAACUGCUGUCUGAUCACGUGAUCCAUAAACCCAAAGAUCGUUCAGCAAGCAACCAUUAACCAAACCUGGACUGGAGAAGACAGAAGACAGAGAAAUGCACAGACAGCAGAGGGAGACAAAAGAGAGGACUAAAAAAAGAACAAAAGAGCUACUUUUAGGCUGCAGGGCUCUUGAAAGGCCUUAACUCUCUCCUGUUGCCCAACACAGGUUGAGGAUGCAGUUUACUACCAAAGGAGCAAAAAACUCAAGUCAGUCUCUUCUUCUAAGCCUCUAAAGUACUUUCUUUUAUAACCAUUUUUAAUCAUUUAUCAUGUACAACAUUGUUGUAAGGUGUCAUGUGAAAUCACACCAAAUGACAUUUCAGUUUUAAGCGAAAUGCUCAACUUUAAGCAGUUCAUAUUCUAUGGUUUCUAAAGCUAGCUUAUUGAUUUGUGCAGUUCUCGAUAGAAGAGAAGAUCAGAGAAACCCUGCAGUUGAUAAAAAAUGUGAGGCUGUGACUUAAGGGACACUGUGACGCUGGUCGGGAUACAUUUCUGGAUGUAAGGGCCCAGGUUUUUAGUUUUUUUUCCCGAUUGAAAACGUGCCACAAAGACUCUUGUCCGAUUAUUUGCCAACUGAGGGCCUGCAAAUGAACGUUGUGUGGCGGAUAACACAAAUCAAUACUGUGUGCUAUGCUUUUCAGACAACACAUUUUGGACCUAAAACUGUAUUAUUCUAAAGUUUUAGUUUUUUUUCCUUAUGAAAACCUCAUUAUUUUAUGGUGUGGCAUGCCAAAACAUACUGUAGGUUGAAGGUCUUCACCAGGAACUGAAGAUGUCUAUUAAUCAUUUUCUAAACGUGUAUUAUCCAGAGUUAAUGAUUCUAUAUCUCUAAAAAUAGAGAUGACCUAGGCACUGCAAAUAUUAUUCUGUCAGCUGAUGGCUUAUAUUUUUCGUUUGUGUUUUUGCUAUCCUGCAGUAAUCCUUUUAUCACCAUUAAGAUUUAGAAGAGAGCGGAAGAGUGAUCUCAUUUUAGAAAUGAAACUGAUUCCAACGUCCAAAGAAUCAAAUUCCCAUUUUCAUCAAAAGCAGGUGGCUAAGAUGACCCAAAACUGUAUUUUUUAAGCACAACAUGAAGCACAGUCAGCGCCACUUCAUUUCCCGGCACAACAAAGCACAUUCCUCUGCUUUUGAACACCCAUCUCCCAGAAAAUGGCUGAUUGAAGCACAGAGGAGGCACACUUUUCCAUCAGGCACAAGCAGGAGCAUAGCACACUAUGGCUGUGUUCGAAAUCACAUACAAACCUACUAUUCAUACUAAGUAUGACUUAAAAUUGAGUAUGUGGCACGUGGAUACAGUAUAUAGUGUGUGCAAAGGCCCGGAUGUAUGCUGGCGAGAAUCUCUGAGAAUGAGACUUGAACUCAACCGGCCCAAAAUGCAUUGCAUCUCUUCAGACUGUCCAAUGGCGGACUGCAAUUUAGACCGACAAUUAUAAUAAUUAACCAAUUGACUAAAUAAUGAAUAAUUAAUU